AUGGAUCGACUGCCGCGGGAGCUCGUCGACUUGAUCCUCCGGCAAUGCGUCGCCCAGGGCGCCAAGAACCCCAUCCUCGAGCUCCGGCUCGUCUGCAGGGCCUUUGACCGCGCCCUCAAACCCUACGCCUGCCGCACCCUCGGCCUCGACUUCUCGCGCCUCAGUCGCCUCAGCGGCUUUCCCCGGCCCCAGAUCGACGCCCUGCAGACCAUCGGGUACCACUGCCAAAGCCUCUAUGUCGAUCUCAUGGUCUUGCGCGAUGACAUGGAGGUCGAGUUCCUCGAGACCGUCUUUGCUCGUGUGCCAUCCAUGAGCGACUUUUGCCACACCAUGCACAAGAAAUACUGCCUCAGCGAGACGUCCUUUUCAGAGGUCGAGUAUCUCGACAUGCUCGAGAGCAUGCUCUUCAACUGCCGCGGCGUCGAGCGCCUGCGCCUCAACCUGCCCUUCCAGCUCGUCGGCCGUCACGUCAACGCCGCCACUAUGAUACUGGCAAACACGCUCAAGGCCUUUGCCAACCGGCCCGACGAGGACUCGGCCGACCUCGAGGCGCUCGUGCUCGAAAACGUCACCGACAUUGCCAUCUGCCACCUCUGGAUGAACCCCAGCGACGUCAUGAAUAUCAUGGCCGUCGUCGCCGCCCUCAAACACCUUGUCCUGAGCCUGCGCCGCCACGAGAGCGAGCCCGCGCGCGUCAGCUGGUUCGGCUCCUGCCUGUGGAACCUGAUUGAGAACGCCGAGCUGCUGCAGACGCUGUGUCUCAUCGGCAUGGACCACGACGAUCGCCCCCCGCGCGGCCUCAAGCAGACGCGCUCCUGGCAGCUGCCCCUCGACGAGUGGCGCGCGCGCUCCCUACCCGCCCCGCGCGUCUACCUGACUAACCUGACCUGUCUCGAGCUCAAGCGCAUCGAGAUCUUGCCCGACGCCUUCCUCAAGAUCAUCGAGGACCUGGGCGACUCGCUUGAGGAGCUCUACCUCAACGAAAUCUACCUCAAGGCGGAGCAGUCGCAUGACUGGAACGAGGACUCCAAAAAGGUGCUGUGGAUCGGCAUCCCCAACCAGCGGCCCGCCGACGGCUGCUCCUGGAUCGCCAUGAUGCUGCGCUGCGCAGCGCGCCGCCUGCGCGUCUGCCGCGCCUCCUUCCUCGCCUACGACCACUACCUGCGCGAGGACGUGUCCGGCAACCCCGAGUUCGACCUCGUGGAUCCCUGCGACCUCAGCCGCAGCAUCUCGCAGCGCUUCGUCGAGGUCGUCGCCGGCAUCCGCCAGCCCGACGCGCCCUCGGGCAACGCCGUCGAGUAUCUGCCGCGCGACCCCGGCGACGACCACCUCGUCGCCCGCCUGCCCCGGCGCGCCUGCGACUUCGGCAUCGUAGAGCACGACUCCAACGCGUACCAGAUGGCCGUGGCGAACCCGACGUCGCAGUGGCAGAAGAGCAUCGACGGCGUCUUCAACAAUUGUAACUCAAACACGCUCGAUGAGCUGCACUACAUCGCCGAGACGGCCUGCCAAGGCAUGAACGAGAUUCAUCGCCGGCGGAGCGAGUGGACCGCGGGCAACAGCAUGGCCAACGAGUAUGCCGACAACCUGUUAAACCUCUCUAACGUGGACGAUGGUGCAUGA